AUGGUCAUUACUCAGCCUGAGAGCAUUGAUGAAAUUGCUUUCUGUCAUGCUUUUUCUUUUCUUCCUAUAACAGAACCCAAAGGAAGUAACAGAGAUGGAGUUAGCCCAGCCAUUAAUAAGAGUGGCUCUCAGCAGCCCCUGGGAGGCUUAUUUGCUGGCGGCUUUCCCGUUCUCAGACCAGCAGGCCAGAGAGACAUGCCAGGAGGGAAGCCUGGGCAGCUUCCUGGAGUCCGGGCAGCGGCUCCCAAGGCCGCAGCCCAACCGAACAGCACUGCAAAGGCAGGCAGUAGCCCCUCAAACCCACCCGACAGCCCCUGGCCAGCUGUCCCACCAGAGCCUCCCAGCACCUCCCGGGCUGGCACCGCACGGCCCAGCCUGCCUGCACCUCCUCCACCGCCUCCAGCUGCCAGCAAACCUUCCCUCACCUUCCCUCCUCCUCCACCUCUUCCUCCUCCGGCAGAAAGGCCUACCAUGGGGGGAUCCCCCAACUCUGUUCCUCUGCCCCCGCUCCCUCCACAGGCCGACAAGCCCACAAAGUUACCAAUAGGUGCUUCGCACCUGCCUCCUCCUCCUCCUCCCUUACCCCCCUGUGGAUUUCCAGCCAGGACGACCGAUUUCUCCACUGCUGCUUCCUCUCCAUCAGAAGCAAGGGAUUAUCCACCUCCCACACCACCGCCGCCAGCUCCUCCUCCACUCCCCGCAUUUCCCCCAGCCUCGAACAGGCUCUCCUUCCCACCCUCCCCAGCCAUCAGCAGUGCUGUGAGUGGUGGUGACGUGCCCCCACCACUGCCCCCCAAGUCUCCCCACUUGCUGUCGCAUCUGCAUAAACCCAGUAAUAUUCAGUCGCUCCCUCUCCCUCCCACCCCACCCCUUCCUCAGCCAGCAGCAGUGGUGGAGACCAGGAAGAAGAGACCAGGCCGAGGCCCAGGAGCUGGUGCUGGGAAGCUUGCUAUUCCUCCACAGCCACCAGCCAGGUCACCAACGACUGAACUCACAAGCAAAUCUGGAGUCUCAGCCUGGGCAACAGUUCAUGACCCCUAUCCACCACUCAAAAAUGGAAAUAUGAAUAUUAUUGAUGACUUUGAAUCUAAAUUUACUUUCCAUUCUGUGGAGGAUUUCCCCCCACCUGAUGAAUUCAAGCCAUUUCAGAAAAUAUAUCCCAGCAAGAUAGCUAGAGAUCCCUCUAAAAAUCCACCAUUAAGAACACACGUGAGAUGAGAAGAAUCACCUGAUGCUUUCUGGACUGGUAUUAAAAAAUGGAGAACAUCAAGAUAAUACACGAAACUGAAGGGUCCCCAUUACAGCGAUAGAAAUUACAUUUGGAUCACAAGUGCUGCAAUGCUAAUAUUUUUAUAAGCUGGAAGAGAGAUGUAAAUGAUACUUUCGGAAGUACUUUGUGGCAUACACACCACAAAAGUGUUAGCAUAGGCUUUUAAAUAUUGUAUAUAUGUGGAUAUUUUUUAAAUGAAGAAGCAUAAAAUUUAAAAUCUUUGUAGAGUUCAAACAAUUCUUAUCAAGCUGAUAUGUUACCUCAAAGAACACUUUUUGCAUGAUGUGCCUGUAGUUCAUUUUUCCUCUUCCAUCUUCAUUUUUAAAUAUUUUAGUAAUCCUUCAGUUAUUAAUCAGACACUUUUUCCAUGAGCUAUCAGAAGCUAACAUGACAUGUUUAGUCUUUUUGUAUGCUUUUUCACUUCUUACAUUCUACUUGUGUUCAGAUUGCAACAGAAUGGCACUUUCAAGAACAGAAAGGUCCAUAAUAAUCCUCAUCAAGCAUGAAGAGAAAGGAGAUCGGGGGAGAAGCCAUUUAUCUCUUCUAGCAGUCUUCUAUCUUUUAUCAGGAGUAGUCAACAUGGAUUCACCGAGGGGAAAUCAAGCUUGACAAACCUGGUAGCCUUCUAUGAUGUUAUGGCUGAGUGGGUAUAUGAGGGGAGAGCAGUGGAUAUUGUCUCCCUUGACUUCAGCAAGGCUUUUGACUCUGCCUCACAUAGCAUUCCCAGAGUUAAGCUUAGGAAGUGUGGGAUAGAAGAUUGGACACUGAGGUAAACUGAGAACCAGCAGACUGGCUGGUCAGAGAGUUGUUAUCAGCAGCACAGAGUCUAGUUGGAGGCCUUUAACUGGUGGUGUUCCCCAGGUCUUGUCCAACAUCUUCAUUAAUGAGCUGGAUGAAGGGAUAGAGUGCACCCUCAGAAAGGUUACUAAUGAUGUGACACUGGGAGGAAUGACUGACACACCAGAAGGCUGUGCUGCCAUUCAGUGAUACCUGAAGAGGCUGGAGUUGGGCAGAGGGGAAUCUGAUGAGGUUCAACAAGGGAAAGUGAAGAGUCCUACACCUGAGGAGAAAUAACCGCACGCAUCAGUACAGGUUAGAGGCUAAGCUGCUGGAAAGGAGCUCUACAGAGAAAGACCUACCUUUUCUGGUAGACAACAGGUUGGCCAUGUGCCAUAGUGUGCCGUGUGGCCCAGGUGGUCAGUGGUAUCCUGGGAUAUAUUAAAAAGAGUGUGGCCAACAGGCUGAGAGAGGUUCUUCUCCCCCUCUACUCUGCCCAGGUGAAGCCACAUCUGGAGUACUGUGUCCAGUUCCAGGCUCCUCAGUUCAAGAAAGACAGGGAACUUCUGGGAGAGAGUCCAGGGGAGGACUGCAAAGAUGAUGAGAGGCUUAGAGUAUCUCCCUUGUUAGAAAAGUCAGAGAGCUGGGACUAUUCACAGCCUAGAGAAAGAAGACUGAGAGGGGAUCUUAUCAAUGCUUAUAAAUAUCUAAAAAGCAGGUGUCAAGAGGAUGGGGUCAGGCUCUUUUUGCUGAUGUCCAGUGAUGGGACAAGGGGCAGCAAGCACACAGUAGAAUAAAGGAAUUUCCAUGUGAAUAUGAGAAAGAACUACUUCUGGGGUGACAGUAGUAGAACAGGCUUCCCAGAGAGGUCAUAGUCUCCUGCUAUUCCCAUUUAACGGCCAUGUUAUUUACGGUUAUUUUAUUAUUUAUUUCCAGAAAUACCACAUUUUACACCUGCAGCUGUUAAAAAAUAUUAUAAAUGGUAGGUGGAGAUUCUUCCCCAUGGCCAUUCCUUUGGAAGAUGGUAUUUAGAAGAGACAGGUAACUACACCCUUAGAUAUCUCUGCUCUUGUUGGUUCUUGUAACAGCUCAGUUAUGCUAUGACUCCUAUUCAUAGAAUCAUAGAAUCACAAGGUUGGAAAGGACUUACAAGAUCAUCUAGUCCAACUGUCCUCCUCUCACCAUUACUACUCAAAGCUACUAAACAACAUCUCGCAGCACCUCAUCCAUCCAUACAUGCAUGCUUACCGUGUGCAGGUGCUGUAAGGGUAAGAAGCAUUUAAACAUCUUGCCUGUGGGACUCCAAAGAAGCAUCAUUAGUCUUACGAUACCUUGUUCUUCAUGUCAAAAGAAAAAGAAUCAGCAAUGCUUUGACCAAUGCUUUCUGUUACCAGUAUUACAGUUACUAAUAAGUAUGCAUGAAUGUAGUAAUAAGCAGGGGUCAGCACUGCUUCUCAAACAACUGGAAAAGAAGUUUAAUACUGUAUUAAAGAAUAUUUUGCUCUAUUAUUAUUAUUAAAGGUUGAUGUACUGCUGAUUUUCACGUUUUGGAACUUGUGUACAACUCUGCAAUAAGUAUCUUCAUAAAUAUUUGAAAGCUAUAUAUAGCUCAGACCACAUGCCAGAAAAUAUCUAAUGGAAGACCAAUGUUAUUCCUGUUUUUAUUAAGAUUAGCAGUGUUUUCAAAAGAAACAUCUUAUAGAAAUUAAACUAAAAAGCCUGCACAUA